AUGGCCGAGCGGCAGCUGAAGCGGCCGGCGCCAGGCAGCGCCGCGCUGCUUGCGGGCGUGGACUUGGGCGGGACCACGGUUGCGGUUGGAUUGGUCUCAGCUGACGGCCAGCUCCUCACGAAGCUGGUCGAGGCUGUUGGCGAGGACCACCAGCCCGAACGCAUCGUCAAGCGCAUCUCUGGCCUUCUCAAGGAGGCCUUGCGCCAGGCCGGAAGGUCUUGCUCGGACAUCCAGAGCCUCGGGGUCUGCACACCGGGGCUCUUGGACCUCUCUGCGGGGGUGGUGACUGCGGCCAACCUCAAGGGUUGGACCAAGGUGCCGCUGGUGAAGCUGCUCUCCCAGGAGCUCGGCUGGGAAACUUGCCGCGUGACGUUGGAGCAUGACACCAACAGCGCCCUCCUGGCCGAGGCCUGGGUUGGGGCAGCCGUUGGCCUGGAAAACAUUGUGCUGCUCUCUUUGGGCACCGGCAUCGGUGCUGCGAUCAUAUGCGACGGUCGACUUCUCCGCGGCAGCCGCGGCCAAGCCGGUGAAGUAGGACACGCCAUCCUCGUCCCCGACGGCCGUGACUUCGGCCGAAGCGGUGUGGCGGGAAUCUUCGAAGGCUAUGCAAGCGCCAGUGCGGUGGUGGCACGUGCCAGGGAGGGGAUGGUUCCAGAAUCAUCGCUGAGCAAACUCGAGGCCUUGGACUGCGAAGAUGUCUUUGCUCACGCUGCGAAGGGCGAUGCCUAUGCCAAGGAGCUGGUACGAGAAACCGCGAGGUACCUGGCGAUCGGAUGCAUCAACUGCUGCCGCUUCGUGGAUCCGUCUGUGAUCCUGUUCUCCGGCGGCCUGGCCGAGGCAGGGGAGAGCCUGCUCCAAGAGGUUCGGAGGCACGGCGGUUUGCAGGGCAGCCCUCUCCCUUGCUCUCUGCAAGCAUCUGCAAGCGCAUCGUUGCCGCGGGCGUUUUGCUUUGCGAGUUGA